AUGGCCUACUUACACGAAGAAUGCCAACACAGGAUCAUCCAUUAUGAUAUAAAACCAGCAAACAUCCUUCUUGAUCACAACUUCUCCCCCAAGGUUGCAGAUUUCGGUCUUGCAAAGUUAUGCAACAUGGAUCAAACCCAUGUGACUAUGACCGGAUACAGGGGCACCCCGGGUUACUCUGCACCCGAGUUUCUCCUCCACAACUUUCCCAUCUCUUACAAAUGCGAUGUUUAUAGCUUUGGGAUGUUGUUAUUCGAGAUAUUGGGGCGAAGGAAGAACACAAAGGUGGGUGCCACUAGUAGCCUGGAUUGGUUCCCGAGUUUUGUAUGGGAGAAGUACGAGAAAGGUGAAUUGGAGGAGCUAAUAACAAGUUCAUGUGGGAUUGAAGAGGCUCAGAGAGAACGGGCUCAGAGGCUAGCCAAUGUGGCUUUGUGGACUGUGGUGCGUUCAGGACUGCCCCCAAGAAAGACCACGCAUGAGUGCCGUGGUGAAAAUGUUGGAUGGAGGAGUUGA